UUGCGUAUUCUAGAAUCUGUGAAUUAUUAACAAAGAGGGCGAAACACUUCCUCAAUUCAUAGUUAUAAAUUUCAUACUCCUGUAUAUAAUUUCACUUUGAUAAUUUGUUAGUGCUGUUUUUUAUUUUAUAUUAAAAUUUAAAAGUGUGUACGUGUCAAUAUUAAAGAUGUCAGGGCAUAGGUACAUCAGCAACUCUAAUAAUCUUUUUGAGGACGACGAUGUAGACGAUGACACCUUUGUCAACAGCUACAGACCAAGAGUACCACCCCCAGCGCCAAAAGCAUCUCCUUAUUACUCAGAUUUGGAAAGACAAAAAAAGGCCUAUUUGGAGAAGCAAAAAGAAAUUCACGAAAGAACUGUCGAAUCUUCUUUCAGGAGCAUAGGCCUAUUACGUGAUUCUGAAAAUAUAGGAAUUGCUACUGCUGAAGAACUUGCUCGUCAACGUGAAGCUCUCGAAAAUACUAGCAGGCGUUUGGACGAUAUUAAUACCAACUUAACUACAAGUCAAAAACACUUGAAUGGAAUAAAAUCAGUUUUUUACGGUUUUAAGAACUAUUUAUCUGAUAAAACUGAAAAAACUCCUCCCAAAAGCACUGCCUCCCCUGGCUCUAGAAGCUGGAAAGCAGGCACUAGCAGUAGAGUAGAAGAAGCAACAAGUAGUGGGAGUGAACCAGAUAAUUUUAGAUCUCAUCCAACCACCCGGUUAAGAGGUUUAGAUGAUCAAAUGCCCUCUGAACCGAUGUCAGGUACUCAAAACUUGAAUAAAAUACUUGAUGCCAACCUUGAUGAAAUGGUCACCCAUAUAACAAGACUUAAAGGUCUGGGAAUGGCUCUGGGUGAAGAAAUAGAGACCCAAAACAACCUCAUUGAUGAAAUACAUAACAAAGCUGAUAUUGCUGACAUUAAAAUCGGUCAACAAAAUAAACAAAUGAAUAAGCUUCUAGGCAAAUAAUGGGUACAACAUUGAUAUCUUAUAAUUAAAGGAAAUCUAUAUUAUCAUAAAGAAUAAAACCAUGCAUGUUAAUUGUAGAUAUAAUAGUAUCUUGAUAAACUAUCUUGUCAUCAACUAUAUGAAACUGGACUUAACAUGUUUAGUAAAAUUUGUUGAGCUGUUCAAUUUAUAAAUAUAAGCACAUUCUGUUAUUUUGUUAGUCUAGUAACGAUAUCAUUAUGUUAUCUCUAAAUUUAUUAUGUGUAUUAUGAUAACUUUUAUCAAUAAGUACACUAACAAUAUGUAUAUUUGAUAAAUGUUUUAAUUAAUGCUAACCAUAAUAUAUACUUUUCUAUCCAAUGUUUUUUUAUUCGCUGUUUUGUAAGAGCAAGGAAAUUAAGAUAAAAUAUAGAGUAUUGAGAAUGUUCAUCUGUGUAAUAGGCUAUUUGUAUAUUAGUAGUAACAAGUGUUAUAACUGAACAUGUAUAUAUGUUAUAAAACUUCUAGUGUAUUCAAUGUUUCAUUGCUUUUUACAUUCUUCAAUUUACAAUAAGAAAAUUCCCGACAAAUACUGUCAACUAUAUAAAAUCCAAAAAGUUGAGACAUAUCCUUAGUUUCAUUUUGUAACAAAAAUAAAGGAAACUUCAUUUCAGUAAUAACUUUGUUUUAGCACAUAUCUACAAAACUAAGUAGUAUAGUUUAAAAGUAGUUCCAUGAUUGUAUUUAACAUAAGACUACAAGUGUAUUUCAAAGCUUUUAUGUAUUAUAAAUAAAACAAACAUACACGGUUA